AUGUCGUCCAAGACUCAAAACUCAGCAACUGACAUUGAAAAUGCACUGACCUUCCUCAAUGUCGCGAAGGCAGAACUGCAAGACCAGCCAGAAAUCUACGAUAAAUUUAUAAAGCUAAUGAAGACGUUUCACCAGAAUCAGAUUAGCGCGGAGGAAGUCACUCAGAGUGUCAGGGACCUAUUUACAGGGUACCCAUCCCUCAUCGAGGGAUUCGGGCAAUUCUUGCCAAACUAA